AGUCCUGGCCACUUCACAGGCAGACACAGGGGUGACCAGACAAGAGAACCAGGACCCGCCAGGACCCUCAGAUAAUAAUAAAAAAAAACUAAGGUACCGGCAACAAAGCUAACAAAGAGAAGAGCUCCUGCCAGAAAAGACUGCAAGACCUCCAGAGUCCAGAGCUUAAAAAACCCCAAGACCAGCAGCCACAGCUGGUGCCUUUCGUUUCCUGCAACUUGUCAUCCUAAUCCCUGAACUUUUCUGGACGAGCAGUAUGUGGCUUUUUGAGAGGAUACGUGGCACUGUGGACCACAGCAGUGGACGCCAUUCUGGUGAUUCAGGGGACAAACAAUCCAAGAGUGGACCUUACAGCAAUGUGUUAACCCCAGACAAGAUUCCAGACUUCUUCAUCCCCCCAAAACUCAUUCCAGCUGAGGGAGGUGCAGAAGGGGCCGCCACAGGAGAGGGUGUCCCUUCCAAAUCUAACCUUGGCACAUCUGCCUCUGAACAGAACCUUUCUGGCCGGCGUCCUAAUCGUAGUCCUCGCCUACCAACUAAAGCUGCCUCUGAAAGUCGAAAUCUCCUGAAAUCUGCAAAUCGUCAUAUCAUCCAGAUUGAGAGUGCUGACGAGUGGGCAUCAGAGGAAGAUCUAGGCACCAAUGCAGAUCCCCAGUCACAGUCUGCAAUGUCCCUCCCUUAUGUACCCAAAGCCCAGACAUCAUAUGGAUUUGUGACACUAAUGGAGAGCCCCCAUACUCGCCGCAAAGAAUCCCUAUUUCACAGUGAGCAGGGAUCCCUCUCCCCAUGCCCAUCUCAGUCUAGUUCUCCCAGUUCCCAGAGAAGGAGUGCAACAGAGGGGAGUGGGGGAGGGUCUCAGCUGAACCCCUCAGAUUUUGGCAUGUCCUUGAUGAACCCAUAUCGGUAUUUUAGUGGUGGAGAAAGUGACACCUGCUCCUCUGCAGAAUCCUCACCAUUCAGCUCCCCUCUUCUCUCCCGAUCAGUUUCUUUGCUCAAGAUAUUCACUCCUGACACUCAGUCGAAACUUAUCAAGAUCAAACACUCGGUGGCCCGAAACAGUUCCCUUUCUACAGAUGAGUGCAGCUCAGCAGACACCAGCCCAAGCAUGCCUAGGAGGAGACUAAGAGGUGCAAAGGGUAUGGGUACUGGUCAACAGGGUAUGCAUCCCAUAGAUCUCCUACAAAAAGAACACAAUGUGUGUCUCAGCAAAGGUGGCAGCAUGAGGUUAGCAGCUGAAUAUGACCCAUCCAAUGCUCGGCUAAGGAUACGGCUGAUUGCAGCAGAACACCUAUUUGACAAGCUGUGCGAUCUCAAAGGGGUGAACUGUUGUGUGGUCCUCUACCUGAACCCUGGGAAGGUCCAUAGGCAAAGAAGCACCAUCAUAAAAAACAGCCGCAACCCAGUCUUCAAUGAGGACUUUUUCUUUGAUGGCUUGGUGAUUGGAACUGUCAAAAAGAUGUCAUUGAAACUGAAGGUUCUGAAUAAGGGAAGCAGUUUGAAGAGAGACACACUCUUGGGAGAAAAGGAGAUACCGAUGACUGCCCUUCUGCCCUUCCUAUGAGGGUGCAGGGUUGAAGGGGAGGAGUGCUAAGUUGUUUGAGAGACAAGAUGGUUGUGCUCUGUACAGGGCUUUUACAUACUGUGGUCCGGGGCAGAGACCAAGACAAAGUCCUGCAGAUCUUUAGGGUGGAGUCCUACUGAGGAAAAUACUUCCACAGUCAGAGCUGCAGACACUUAUGAGCAUUGUACUUCCAUAGCUAAAGAGAACUGCUUGCGUACACUAAAUAAAUAACAACCCCGAGCUUCCACUGCUACAGAAAAAAUGCAACCUUAAGAAUCUGGUCACAAAACUGCACUUCAAAAGUGUUACACCUGCAGAGCACUGGAACACUUCAUCUGCAGACCAUUAGAUCAUUUUACCUGUACAAGUGUAGAAACAUAAUCAGUUUGACACUUGUUGAAAACUAAGUAAUUACAUUUCUAAAAUACUGCACCUAUAAAUGGAAAACAUCAUGGAGAUAUACUUAAUGUCCCAAAAUCUUAGUUACUGCUAUGAUGUGCUGCUAUAUUUAUCCAGGUUUCUUGUUAGAUGCUAUAUUUGCUGAAUGCAUUUUUUCUCUGUCUGUUUAGAUACUUCAGAUCAGCCAUUUUAUAGCUAAAAAAAGGCAAGGUACCUGUUUUAUUAUAGGUUGCAUGGUGGCAGUAUAAGGCAUUGACUGAAAACCCCAAAUACUUUUAUAUACAACAUUGCUUGACUAAUCAAACACUGUGAAAACAAUGACAAACAAAACUAGACUUUGGCUCAUCCUAUUCUAGUCUACAAAAUGUAUACCAGCUGAUAAUACUCCAAAAUAAAUCUGUGCAGGCCACAGCUGGGUAAAGCCCAACAUGCUCAACAAAUGUAAGCUAUUUAGUGGGGCUUUAAUGUACCAAUGAUGCUGGAUGUACAGAUUAUUACAUUUAUUAAGUAAUAAUUACAUGAGCUGAGAUUACAUUUUAAACCUAAAAAUAUCUCCCUAGGAAACAAAGUUACUGCAUGCCUUGGUUUUAUUUAUUUAUUUAUUUUAAAAUAGAAAAUGGUGAUUACAAAGAGAAAGAGUAAAAAGUGUCAGCUUAAAGGGACAGUAUACUAUAAAAUAGUUUUUCCCUUAAUGUGUUUCCAAUUACUUUUUUUUACCAGCUGCAGAGUAUAAAAUAUAUGAGAUUUGCUUUUUAAGGCUUAUUUGUGUAUAUGAAUGAGCUGAUAUUGUGUUUUGAAGCCACAACCUAAUAAAAUGGGUUGAGCUUGUAGGUAUAAUCAGAUCUCAUUACUUUAUCACAUUGUGCAAAUAUACCUGCUUCUUUAUCUUACAUCUGUUCAUAAACCAAUCAAGAACCAAGAACAAUGGAAAAUUAACAUUUUAUUACCUUAUCUUUUCUAUACCCCACUGGGAGUGUAAUUUAUUCUGCUGACUGUGUUUACACAGCUUAUCUAUAGCUGGGACCUAAGGCCAGAAACUUUCAGAAUAGGUGGGGAUACCACAGUCUAAAUCAACUAUUUCAAAUGCCAAUAUAAGGGUAAUGGAAAUACUUGUAACCAAUUUAAUGCACUCCAGCAGGUAACGUGGAUCAUUGGGAACAAAUUAAAGGGGAUACAAAUUUUGAGUAAACUGUCCCUUUAACUGAGGAAAGUGGAAUCUUGGUAAAUACAUAGCUGCUCCAAAGUGCCUAAAAUUUAGGAAAUUAUGGUUUUCCUGAAAAUGUAACACCUUAAAUAAAUUAUAUAUAAUACAUUGUUAUUUAUAAUAGAUUGUUUUAACCAUAUAUCUACUGAAAUUUCUCUAUGGCAAAAUGAUUCAUCUUGCUUCUGUAGAGGUACUUAUUUAAAACAGACCUUAACCAUUGCACAAUCUGCAUGUCAUUACUCCUUGCAUGAAACCUCUUAGGACUGUGCAUAGUGGCACUUCCUUUGCAAAUGUGCAGAGCGAUUGAGAAUAAUUUCGAACUCAGUGGCUUGCAGAACUCUUUAUAUGAGCUCUAUAUGCAAUAUCCAGAAGAACAUUUCAUAUUAGUUUUUCACCGAAUGGCCCGCAGAGCAUUUCAUAUUAGUUCUUACACAAGAACUGUAUAACAUUUCAUCUGGUUUGUGGAAAAGGUAGAAUCAAUCACUUUAUAAUCUACAAUUUACACAUUAAUGGUUCAUUGACAGAGGCUCCAAGGAAACAGCUCAGUCAACAUGAAACCAGCUGAUAAGGAAGACUCAGACAAGCAGGCAGCCAGGAACUGUCAUCUCACUGCCAUUUUCAUGAUAUCCCCUUUCCUAAGUAAAUCUACAUUAUCCUGUGCACUUAUAUGUGGAUUAUAAAAACUUCUUCUGCCUCUUCUUGUUAUACAUUUAAUGUUAUACCAGGAGACAGUUCUAGUGUUGGUGCACCCACAUUCAUUAUGCAAACAUCCCCACACAUGGUAGGUGCCAUCUGCCCUGCAUUUGUUAGGUAGUGCUUAUUCUUGCUUGUCCACAGAGCAAGGAGCGAGGCAAAUGAGGGAGAAAGGCAAUAAAUAAUGCAGGGAUAGGUAAUAGUUAAGGUACCUAUCUGUGCUUUUCACCCAAUGAUAAUUAACUAUGUGGCCAACUUUUUACACCUAAAUAUUUUAUGAACUAGAAUCACCCCUGGUUAUUAUCCUUCUUUAUACUUCAAUAACCAUCUACCACUGACUCCACAUUCCUAAGAUUCUGAUUUGUUAUUCCUCUCUUGAGUACAUAGAAAAGCUUUAUGUCCUGUGGAGUGAAUGACAAUGCAUCUUGGAACUGGGAUUCAUAAUUCUGAGAAAACUAACCACCUUUAAUGUAUUUCCAUGUAUGUUACGUGAUAUUGUAUAGCAUUGCUGACAACAUUAUAAAAAUAAUCCUAGGCAGGUUACAGGUACAUUGACUAUACCCAUGAAUUGUUUACAUAGCUCCACCCACUCUGCUUCAUCCCAAAACCAAUGUAAAUUGUAUACAACAUGGUAUUAUUUUGUUUGUAUUAACACGUGGGACAUAAUCAGAUGGUACAAUAUGCAAACAAAUAAAUAAAAUAUAUAAGACCAACAAAGAACAAGACAGUUUGCAAGUGUGAUAUACAGUAAGAAUGAAUCCUUGCAUUUAGCUAGACCUACUGUCUUGUAAACAACAAUGUAGAACCAUUCCAGCACAUAUCCCAGGAGCCUCCCACACCUCACCUACCUGGCACCCAUAAUUACUUGCAACAGUUUCAGUUAGUCUCCUGCUUACUACAUAUAGCCCUAAGCUAUCUCAUUAGAGCCCAAUUCUCCCACUCUGAUUAUGAAGGACAGGAUUAACCCACUAAUUGCUGCAAGUGGUAUCUGCCAAUUAGAUAUUUUAGUGACUGUGACAGGACUGUGAAGUACUGAAAAAAAAGCUAUAAUAUCCCAUCAAUCUAUAUGUUUGAUGUCUCUCUUUUGAUUUCCCAAGCCCUCCCCUAUUCCUAUGCCAACUUCUCUCUACUUUAUCUCUGCCACCUUACCAGGUAUCUUUUGUUUGACAUGCAGCAGAUGGCAGUUGUCAUCAUCUGGUGUAUUUAAAUAGCUGCUUUUAUAAAUCCAGCAAUAUCACCCCCCUCUACCCACAAUUAAUUUGUAAAUAUUGUUUGAUUUUACGCAUGAAGUAUUUAUCUAUUUUGCACGGAUGUGUCUCACGUCAAGCUUGUGGUAUUUUAUUUUUGUAAACAUGGUUUGAUGAAUAUUUAUUUAAAGGAACAUUGAAAUGGUAAAAAAAAUAAAAAUAAAUAAUGUUUGUGUUUACUGCCUAAAAUAGACAUAGCUUCUGUGUAGAAAAAGGAACAAAUGUGCUUACUAUUUUUGACAUCCACCUUGGCCUGUGGGCAUAUUUACGUAUUGAAUAUCAGCCUUUUUUCCCUUGUAUUAACUCUGCGUGCAUACAGGUACUGCUUACGUAUGCAUAGUAAUUGCUGUGAGUGUAGAUAAAUGCCUGUUUAUACUUAUGAUGUGUCCAUGCCCACAGUGUUCAAUAAUUAAUAAAAAAUGCAAUAUAGUAUUUAAUCCUUGUCUUGAUAUCAAAUAUCAUAAGUCUGAAAUGCCUACAUGCAGUGAAGUGGGUUUGGCAAUUUAUAUAGCUGGCUGUAUGUAGGAUAUCAUAAAUUAUGUAGAUUAAAAAUAUAAAGCAUUAUUUCUCCUUUUUCUACACUAGGAUUUCUUCUAUAUUUGUUUCUUCACCACAGAGUAACAUUGUGUUUACUGUUUUCACAAGGGCAAAAAGUGUUGAGAUACUUAUCUACUGUAAAUAUAUUAUUUUCUACUGUAAUCUGUAAAGAAGAGGUAAGUGACACAAAGGAAAAUUCUUGCACGGGAUUCUGGGAUUUGAGGUUCUAAACUUUGUAUAUAAUGCAGAGGCUGAAGAAUUGGAAGAACAUUCCAUUAGGGAAGAGUUUGUAUGAAAACAAACAUCUGAUUGAUAAUGAUGAGAAGACUGAGAUGUUAGCAAACCAACUCCUCAGGAUUUAGCUAGGUUUCUUGAACCUACAAGAUUCCAGGGGAAAAACGAACUGUAAUUUUCAAGUUAUAGAGAUGCAAACCUGAAUGAGCGACCAAAGAACUUGUGUAAGCUGAGGCAACCUCUUCCUUGUAUUAAGCAUGACCAACCAAUCUGUACUUGGAAUAUGUUGGGUAAAAUUUCUUGAAACUGUCAUUUCAUUGUGUUCCCUCUUUCUCUGAGCCAGUCAUAUGGCUUUCUGUUCCUUGCAAAGACAAUACUGCCAAAUGCCUAUACUAUUAUGGUUAUUACAGACUGGUUUAUCCAGACAAUUGAAUAGUGGAAUUAUCUGUCAUGAAUGACAUUGACAAUGACAAUUCCCCUAUUAAGUUUAUUUUUUUCACUCUGAAACCCAGCAAGACUUAGAAAGUAGCGAAAGAGCAAUAGGGUGAGCAAUUUAUAAUGAUGUCACACACGUCAUGUGAUGUCAUACUCUAACUUCCUUUCACCCCUCUGCUUUUUGUUUAAAAUUUCUUUUUUAAUGCAUUUAAGGCACUUUUGUUAACAAAAGACUUAACAAACCUAUAAAAUGUACGAGGAGAGUAUUUAAUCCUUUUCGUCACACAAACUACUUGUGAUACACCCCUUUUGUAAAUGUGCAAGCAUUGUUCACUUUUUCCCCCCAAACAUCCCUUUGUUCAGCUGUAGAGUGAGUGUCCAAAGAGAUAGAGGGAAAGAGGGAGAGUCACAUCCAUCGUAAACACUUUCCUUGUUAUGUGGAUAUGUCCUCCCCCUUUCCAUCAUACUUUGUCUUUUUCUAACAUUUCGUAGAAAUCUCUGGUUUGUUAUAUAUAAAUAUAUAUGGAAUGAUGCAUUUUUGAGAAAGAAAAAUAACAUUAUAUUCUAAAAAGUGUUGUUUGUUUAUAUGAAAAGAAAUGUUGCAUUUUUUUUCUGUGCAAUAAAUAAGAUUUCUAAGACAGAUUUA